AGGGAAAACGAAGCGACGCUGAGGCAGUCGGAAUUUAACAUCAGUGGAGUGUAGAAGCAACGAUGGGAAGAUAGUGCAAACCAACGAUUCUUUUCUUUGUGCCUAAAUAAUUUAAGUGACCGGCCGUUCGUAUCUUAAUUAUCAACAUAUCCGUUUGACGGUGCAGUUUACACGGUUUCUGUUUACUUCUUUUUCCAUACACGUACAUCUCGAAAAGCAACAAACAUGGUUGAAAGGAUAAUAGAGGAAUCUGACAAUUACGAUUGCAACGGCGGCGUUAUCAACAACGGAGACAGCAUCGGGGGAUGCAAUGUUGGCGGGGGUAGUGCCUCCGACAGCGGGGAUCAGAUGGACGCAGACACCCGCGAGAGGGAGCUUGCCCGCCGCAAGGAGGAGGCCAAGAGGAAACGCCGCAAAAAGAAACGUACCGGCUCUUCUGUAGUUUCGUCCUGCUUCCAAGAUCUGUACAAGUUGACAGGUGAAGUUUUAGGUGAAGGGGCUUACGCAAGUGUACAGACGUGCGUCAACAUGUACACCGACCAGGAAUUUGCCGUGAAGAUUAUUGACAAAGUUCCUGGUCAUGCCAGAGCGAGGGUGUUCAGAGAAGUCGAGACGUUCCAUCACUGUCAGGGUCACCCCAACAUAAUCAAAUUAACAGAGUUUUUUGAGGACGAAGAAAAGUUUUAUUUGGUUUUUGAAAAGAUAAAUGGAGGUCAGCUGUUGAGGAGGAUUCAAGAGUAUAAGUAUUUCACUGAAGCGGCAGCUGCAGAAAUUGUUAGGGAAAUCGCCUCGGCCCUGCAAUUUAUGCACGCUAAGGGCAUCGCGCAUCGUGAUCUCAAGCCAGAGAAUAUUCUCUGCGUCCAUAAGGACCGGCUCUGCCCUAUUAAGAUCUGCGAUUUUGACUUGGGCUCCGGGAUUCGCUUCCAGUCUAGUGUUUCCAGCCCUCUGGCGACACCUCAGUUAUUGACACCAGUUGGUAGUGCUGAGUUCAUGGCUCCGGAAGUUGUGGAGGCAUUCAUCGGUGAAUCGGACACCACCUCAUACGAUAAGCGGUGCGACUUGUGGUCUUUGGGAGUGAUAAUGUACAUUCUACUCUGUGGCUACCCCCCCUUCUACGGAAAGUGCGGCAGGGAUUGUGGCUGGGAGAAGGGGGAGAAUUGCAAUGCGUGUCAAGAGCUGCUCUUCCAGAGCAUCCAGGAAGGACGCUACGAUUUCCCCGAUGCAGAAUGGGGCUUGAUUUCUAACGAAGCAAAAGAUCUUAUUUCCAGCCUGCUCGUUAAGAACGCCAGUCAGCGCAUCAGUGCCGCGGAAGUGCUGCAACAUCCAUGGUUGAAGUUUGCGAGCGACUCAGCUGCUCUUACCACGCCAGCUGUCAUUAAAAAAAAUAACUCUGCAUGGGAGCUGUCCCAGUUCGCGGAAUCCGCUAUGGCUGUGAAUAGAGUUGUGCAACAGCAUUUCAGCAUGAAUCUGGACUACCUGGAAAGGCCGAAUAUUUAUCCUAAGGAUAAGACUGUAAAACCUUGUGCGUCGGUGAAGAUGUUCGGAUUGAGCCCACCGAGUGAGAGCAAUCUCAUGCAGAGGAGGGUCAAAGGAAGAUCUUGUCAGUUCUUAUUGCCUACACCAGCACCAGCCAUUCCCAGUCCAAGUGGUUGAAGUUGCCCAUCUCGUGUUUUAAGUUCUGAAAAAAAAAUUAUUUUGUCAUCAUUUACUUUUGGCAUAUCAUUACAGGAAAAAUUCACAUUUGUUUAGAAUUUUGUUGUGUUUAUUUUCAGGUCGCAGCACAACAACUUGCUGUUUUCUAUUUUUCUAUUUGUGAGGCUGGACAAAUCAAGAUAUUGAGGCAUCCCUCUUGUAAAUUACCAAAAAAGACGUGUAAUUGUUUGAAACGGGGAUAUUUUGGGUUUUCUUCAAAAACCAGUGAAUUUUCCAAGUAUUCGUAAUAAAUAAGACGAAUGACAAUAAUACCAGAAAUUUGUGUAGUUGUGACAAUGUUUGUAGUUGAGAUAACCAGGGCGCUUGCAACAAAAUUAAAAUUUUCAUUAUAUCUUAUUUGUGUAUCUCGUUACUUAAUAUUGAAUAACUUGCCAGUCUCACUUUUUCAAAUGCAAUCGGGAAUUAACAUUUGAUUAUUACAUUCUUUCCAAUCACUGAAUUAAUUUUGAGAUAUGGAUCUGCAAUUUAUAGUUUCGUAAUAAACAUUUCUACGAUUUGUAUGAACAAAAUAUUCAAAAUUUUUAUUAACUUAAAAAAAUAUAUUUCCAAUAAUCAAUUAAUUUUCACUUUUCCCGGAAUCGAAUAGAACAUGAGUAGUAAAAUUUAAAAAUAUUUUGUCUGGUAAAAUUCAGUUACGAAUUUGAAUAAAUUUGGGGAUAUUUUAAAAAUGGGUUGUUUAAAGCGUUUACACAUACAGUUUAGGCACACUGUAAAGUACUUCAGUUCUUUUUUUUUUCUUUAAUUAUGCACGUUCUCACUGAUAAAUAUUUUAUCAGUUCUCUCAGUUUUUUUUUUUUCAUUUACUUUAGUUAACGGGCCUAAUGUAAGAAUGCGAUGAGUGUAAUUUGAAAAUGAUUGAAAAAAUUGAGCAGUAAUGUGGGGUGCGUGAAAUUUUCCGAUCAGGACGAGUGAUAAUGCCUCAAUAUAAAUUGAUGGUUCAGCUUGGGCCUAGUUUUAGAUAUUGCGCUUGAUUUUUAAUACUUUUGUAUGUGUUGAGGUAGAUUGAAGUCAGUCUACAUUGUGAUAAUAAAUAAGCAUCUGACGUGCGAACUAGCCGCACGAUAGACUGUAGACCGCCGUACCUGCUUUAAGUUCAGUGAGAUACGGAACAUUUAAAUUUAAGGGGCCCACGCCCUGUUACGUACUGACAGUCCAUUUGUAUUCUAAGAGUCCUAUAUAAGUUUGGAUAUUUUUUUAAGAUUUUGUAAUGCUCAAGGGUAGUUCUUCUCUUUUAUAAUGAUUGGAGUGGUAUCCAAACCAGGGCGCGUUCAAACAAAUACCAAAUUGGCGGGAUGUGUAAAAAAUCCUCUACGAACCCAGUGCUUUAAGUUUUAUUGCCUGCCAGUUUGGUGAUUGUUACUUCCAACACUCAGGGUUGUAAUUGUUCGGAGGACGAAAUGUUAACGUGAGUGAAUGAUGGUGUUUGUGAUUUUUUCAAGGAUGAAUGAUAAUCCCCUAAAUUGUAGAUCCCUACAGAUUGGAGUAUUGUUUUUUCUAAGAUUAUUUUAAGGCAUUUAUAAUUGUACUUUCGCGGUACUAUCUGUUUCCACAAGUUUAUACCAAAAACAGAUUAUAUUCAUUAUAAAUUUUUUUUUUAUAUAAUCACGGCUCUUUCGCCGUGAGUGCCAUUAUUUUCUAUUUAUAUUUUUAUUGAAUAAACGAUUCAGUAUGAUCCUGCAAUUUCUUUAUCCUUCAUUCAUACUGGCUCGAUUAUGAAUCUACAGAAUUAUAAAUAUUGUUGAACUUUUGGUUAUGACAUUUGUUUUUUUUUACAAGAGCAUGCUAAGCAUUGAGUAAAAAUAGUGAAGGAAAUUUUAUGUACCAAGUGUGCUUUAAUUUCUUAUAAUAAAGACCGAUUUUUUUAAACUA